CAGUAAAUAUGAUACUAUUCGCCGGUCUUUAGUAAAUCCGAGUCAAAAUAGACCGGGAGAGACCGGAGACCGGAAAAUAGUAAAUCCCUCUUUCAAGGAGUAACUAUCUCCAUCCAACCGUUUUGCACAUAAUUAUUAUAAAUAUAUAGAGCUCGAAAAGAUUUCAUAGCCUUUUCAUCACAGGCUUUAGCAUUGAUGAGAUAGUCGUCCUCAUAUCAUGUCUCCUCCCGCGCAUGAUGACGUUGACAAAGGGCGAGCCUGGAUUAUUCUAAUGGCUGUUUACUCUCUGGUGAUAUUUCUCAGCACCACGUUAUAUAUGAAUGGAUUAUACCUAGCUGUUUUAGUGGACCUCUAUCACGAAGAUCUUACGAAAACCUCUAUGAUUGGUGCACUGAAUUCGGCUCUUCUCAAUCUAAUGGGUCCAGUUGUUUCAGUAUUCGUGGAUAUAUACAGCUGUAGAACUUGCAUGUUUGUUGGUGGGAUUCUACUGAGUAUUUCCUAUUUUGCCAGUUUCUUUUCGAAGAACAUCAACGUUUAUAUCUUCACCAUAGGAAUCGUCGGAGGUAUCGGGAACGCGUUUAGCGCAAUGCCACCCUCUGUUUUUAUUGCAUAUAACUUUGAGAAAUGGAGGAAUUUUACACUUUCUUUUAAAGAGGUUCUUGUCGGUGUUGGCAUGUUUAUUGCAUCACCAUUGCUAUUUUGGUUAAUAGAUACAUUUGGAAUAAACGGCUCUUUUCUAAUCGUCAGCGGGAUCAAUUUACAGAUAUGUGUUGUAUCCUUAAUAUGCUGGCCUAAUUCAAAAGAACGGAAUUUGAUAAAAAUGAAGACAAAGCAAACCAAUAGGGACCACUCAACUUGUAAAACAAUAUGCCAAAAUUUGAAAUCGAGUAUUAAGUUGAGUUUGAUUCUUUUAAAGAACAGACAAUUAGUUUUAUUUAUGCUAAGUACGUUAUCCUGGAAUUUUAUAUUAUCAGCAUGUUCAUUACACUUACCUAGAUAUAUGGUAACGAGAGGGUUUGGUGAUGCAUCAGUUGUGUCGGUGAUGACAGUGUUCAGUGUAUCAAACACUCUAGGACGGUUGUGUGCCGCUGCAACUGUGGGCAGCGGAGGAAUUGAUAGCAACAUACUUCAAAUAGGAAUGUUAGGCGUUCUAAGUUUUUCAACAAUUUUGUUUCCAUUAUACGGGGGAUGGUCAUAUUCAGCGUUUGUGUUGGCUGUAUUGAGUGGGUUUUAUUGUGGGGGACCUAAUGCUUUGUUGACACCUAUAACUGUUGGUUUAAUUGGAAUAGAGAAAAUGUCUAGUGGUUAUGGACUUCUUACUUUCUUCAGUGGUAUAGGUGUUCUGACGGGACCUCCAGUACUUGCGAUAGUUUAUAGCUUGACAGAUUCGUAUGAUUACAGCUUUAUGACAAUAGGAUUUGUUGUCCUACUUGGAAUGUUUAGUAGUUUGAUGGCAUUUAGUAAAGCGUAUACUCCAGAAAACACACGUAUUGAGAUUGAUGUUGCACAAAAUGAUACUGUUGUUACAUCUACCUUAUUAGACGACCAGGAACAAUAGAAGAUGCUUUGCUUGAUAAAAAUAGUAGAGAAGAUUUACAAACUGAUUUACAAAAUGUCAAGUUUGAAAGUGAUACAUCCGAUUACGUUGACAUUGUACACUUACAUAGACUUGUAAGCAUUUCAACAAAU